AGAUACGGAUUGCCACAUGGAGACCAAUGGUAUCGGUGUCUGGAUAAAGUUUUACAAGUACUUGCAGGUGGAAAAGUGAUGCCAUCAGCACACGGACAAAACCAUUUCAUCAUGGAAAAGCAGAGAUCAGUGAACAGUGUUGGUUCAGCACAGUUGGGUGGAGAAUCAUGCACCUUCAUCUGCACUGAGUGUGGUGAUGGGUUCAGUCAGUAUUCUAAUGUGUUGGCCCACAUGGCCAUUCACGGACCUUUGGAGUCGUUUUCCUUUGAUGGCUCAUCCAAUGGAUUUGAAAUCCCUCGAGAAUAUGUGCUACAAGAAAAUGGGACACUGACAGUUGUAAAUGGUUUAGCGCAGUCACAUUCUUCUAUGAAACCAGUAUCUCCUGGAGUGUUGCCAUCACAUUUCUCAUCACCAAUCAAACCAGUAUCUCCAACUCCAAAGCCGCAGCCUUCUCCUUACAGAGAUGUGUUCAGGCCAAGACCAUCAGACUCAAACUUGGACAAGUCUCGCCAGGGCCAUUACCGUUGUGAAAUAUGCAACAGAUCCUUCAACAGUCUGCAGAGUUUACAUCGUCACCAACAGUAUCGAAACACAGAGCGAGGUUACAAGUGCACUUUGUGCUGUAAGAUCUUUGAGGAUAGACAGGACCUUAAGAAACACCUCCAAGACCAUGUCAAUGAAAGGUUUCACUGCUGUGGUCAGUGUGGUAAGCGAUUUCUGAAAGUGGAUGCACUGAAUGCUCAUCAAAAAGAAAAUCACCCCUCCACCAAGGCUACAGCUUUGGGUAAAUCAGAGGUUAAGCAGGAAAAAAAGCAGGAGAAAACGUAUCCUUGUAGGAAAUGCAAAUUGAAUUUUUUUUGGAUGUCAGAUUUCCAGACACAUUCACUUUAUCAUUGCAAGGGAAAAGAGCCUGAUGCUUUCAUUGCACCUGAAAUAGAAACUGAAGUGAAUACUAAGAGCUUAGAUGACAUUCAGCUUGAAAACUGCCACAGCAAUGGAACAUCUGCUGAUAUUAAGAAUGGGGACAGCAAAAUCUUUAGGGACAAUAGCAGUGAGAUUGACGCUGAAUACUCUUUCACACCAUACAGAUGUGGUUUAUGUGGAGAUCGUUUCCAAAAGUUGGCAGCUCUAAAGGAGCAUCAUCUCACACAUCAGACUCAGGAGGAAAUAGAUCAGCUGAAUCAAGAAUCCCAAAGAACUUUUAAGCGAAGGGUGCCACCAAAAGGCAAGCGUAAAAGAGGGAGUAAUCCAAAUGGAAAGCUGCAUCCCUGCAAACACUGCCAUCGUGUCUUCAAUCAUUCUAGUAGUUUAUCUCGGCAUAUGAGAUACCAUAAAGGCACAAUGCACACCUGUGUAUUUUGUGGUAGACAUUUUCCUCAGCGCUGUGAUUUGAGAAGGCAUGUAGUCAUGUACCACAAAGCUGAACUGGAUAAGAAACCAGUUUUGAAGCACUUAUAUGCAUCUUCAAAUGGGCCUCUCCCUAGAUCUCUUGAUGAUGAUAAAAUCACAGGUCUUGUUGAGGAGAACACCAAAAGCUCUUCUGACAAUGAGCAAGUAGUGUCACCAGAUCAGCAAGCAAAAGAGAAGCAGUCAGGAAAAGCAGGUCGAGUUAACUACAAAUGUCAGGAGUGCGGGAAGAGAUUUGGGUUGUUAUGUGUGUACCAACGGCACUUGCGCUAUCACAAAAAGGAACCCAACAAGUGUCCUCAAUGUCCAGCUCAGUUUAGGAGUUCCUCGUCCCUUGAGCUUCAUCUUCAAAAUCACCCAACCACUGGACAAGAAGACAAUGUUGGUCAAGCAUCUCAUGGCACUGAUACAAAUAGGGACCCUGCCGUGGAAAAGGAUAAUGCAGAGGACAUAGAAGAUGACUAUAUGGACCAAACUCAACAUGAUAAAAGAAAUUCCUCAGAGGUUCUUUACGAAUGCACCGAGUGCACUGAGACAUUUUCGUGCUUGGAGACGUUUCUUCAACACCAGACUUCUCAUGGCUCAGAAAACAAUUAAACAAAUGCCAGACGAACAAUAUAAAAAGGACACAACUCUGUCAUGGGUAAAAUGCACAUUUAAACCCAGUGUUCUCCCACAUCAUAUGGGUGCAGCUAACGUGAAUGUCCCACCACUUAACUAGGUAGGGUAAUUAAGUUGCUUUUCAUUGUAUUUUUCAAUGGCUACCGUUGAUGUAAUGCUGUUACUGUAAGUCAUGUUGCUGCAUUUUUUUAUCCUGUUUUACAUAGAAUCAUGUGAUUUUUGAGAUUACUUUAAACCUGUCAUGUGCAUAUAUCUUGAUUUUGAAAGGAUAGCAUUGUCACACUUUAGAUUGACUGCGUCAUUAAAAUUGUACAAAUGA